UGGCAUCAUGGAGGAAGGCGAUGUAAACAUUCCUAGACAACAAGGGUGUGAAUGAUAUUUCUGGCCUGUGUGUAGUUUUACUGAGACAACUAUUUUGUGAUUUCGGGAGAUGAGAGUAAUAGCUGGAAGAUGGUGAAGCAAACAAUCCAGAUUUUUGCUCGAAUAAAGCCGACAAAGGCUAAAACAGGGCGCUAUGGUGUGGACGAGGAUGAUGAGGGAUGUCCGCGACUGACAGUUACUGUACCAAAGGAAUUAGCAGAGGGCUUCAUCAACAACAAGAGAGAACAUUAUAAGUUUCGUUUUGAGCGGGUUUUUGAUCAGAAAACAACACAAGAAGAAGUUUUUGAACAUGUGUCCAAACCAGUUAUUGACAAUGUGUUACAAGGCUACAAUGGCACAAUAUUUGCAUAUGGACAGACAGGCAGUGGGAAGACCUUCACUAUCACAGGAGGGGCAGAAAGGUACAUCGACCGGGGCAUUAUCCCCAGAAGUCUGUCAUACAUAUAUGAUAAGAUCGAGAAGAGCCCAGAGCUGUCUUUCACUGUCCAUGUGUCCUACCUGGAGAUCUACAACGAGAGUGGCUUUGACCUCCUCGACCCCAAACAUGAGGCGGCCAAACUGGAAGAUCUGCCGAAGGUGUCCCUGAUGGAGGACUUGGAACAGAACAUUCACCUGAAGAACCUGUCUGUGCACCAAGCUGUGAGUGAGGAGGAUGCUCUCAACCUGCUAUUUCUUGGGGACACCAGCAGGAUGAUAGCAGAGACCCCGAUGAACCAGGCGUCUACACGGUCUCACUGCAUCUUCACAAUACACCUUACAGCACGGGAAGCAGGCUCAGCCACCAUCCGCAGGGCCAAGCUGCACCUGGUGGAUCUGGCCGGAUCUGAACGAGUCUCCAAGACAGGGGUAAAUGGAGUUCUGCUGACUGAAGCCAAAUACAUCAACUUGUCCCUCCACUUCCUGGAGCAGGUGAUCAUCUCCCUGUCUGAGAAGAACCGCCAGCACAUCCCUUACCGAAACUCCAUGAUGACGUCGGUGCUGCGAGACAGUCUCGGAGGCAACUGCAUGACAACCAUGAUUGCCACGUGCUCCGUUGACAAGAAAAAUAUUGACGAAUCUAUCUCCACCUGUCGUUUCGCCCAACGAGUGGCAAUGAUCAAGAAUGAUGUGAUGUUGAACGAGGAGUUGGAUCCCAAGUUGAUGAUCCAGAAACUGAAGCGAGAGAUCCAGCAGCUGAAGGAGGAGCUAGCACUGGCCACUGGCCAGCAACGGACUGACCAACUCACAGAGGAGGAGCUUGACAGGUGUGAGGAGGCUGUGAAUGCCUACCUCGAGGACACUGAUCCCGACUCCAUCAUCACUGUCGGAGCCGACAUGCAGAAGAUUCACACCUGCUUUAAUAUACUACGGAAACUGGUGCUGGAGCGUCCAGCCACCUUUCCUGUAAGGGAGACAACUCCUGUUGACACUGGGCAGUACAACAAUGCUGAGGCACAGAAACUGAAGGAUCUUGUAAUGCAGAGAGAUAAUGAAAUCAACAUCUUGGUGAACAUGCUGAAGAAGGAGAAGAAGAGAGCCGCCGAUGCCAUCUCCUUUUCAGGGUCACACCGAGGGUCCAACAUGGCCGCCACUAGGGGAAACAGGAUGACAAACGGGGAUGACACUCAGAAUGGUUACAAUUCUCACAACUACUCCAGUCAUAGUGCCACAGACAAUCGAUACAAUGAAAGUCAAGGUCAGAAUGACAGGACGUCCUCAGGAAAAGCUAAUGCGUGGGCUGAGAAGGCAGAAAGGACCAAGACAAAGAUAUUGGGGCGGAUGUCCAUGGGCCGACAGGAGGCGUUUGACAUCUUCAUGAGAGACUACGAGCAGAACCAGAAGAUUGACGAGAACAAGAAGAUACUCAAGCAGAGAUACGCGGAUGCCAAAGUAUUCGGAGAAAACCUUAAUAAAGCCAAAACUAGAAUCAACCUGUCCAAGAGUAAGAUUGAGCAACAUCGAAUGCAGCUGGCAAUGCAAGGUCUCGCUGGCCCUGACAACCCCGCCCCCGACGAGGUCGAGCAGAGCCUACGAGACCAGAUGGAAGAUGACAAAGCCGAAUACAAGGAGACAUUUACGCACCUGCGAACAAUGAAGACAGAGAUCGAGCACCUGCAGCACCUCCUGGAGAAGUCCAAGGUCCAGCUAAUGAAGGACUUCGAGCUCUGGUGGGCAGAACAGUCUGCUAAUGGCCUGGACCAGUCCAUACCUCCGUCUGUCCGCGGGAACGUAAAGUCUGCAUGGCGCACCCCACCCCUCACCCCCCUCCAGCACAGUCAGCGGAACUACACCCAGGAGGUGAUCAGUCCCGUCCACUCCAAGGCCUCCUUACCCCAACCCCCAAGCUCCAGCCGAGGGAGAAGGAUGGUCACAGGGAACAUCUCAGCAUCUAAUUUCCCCUCGGGACACGGGGAGGAGUCACAUGGAUACACGUCCCAGGAGUCGGUCUGCUCCCAUCAUGGCCACAAAUCAAAAUCUGCAGAGCACGUGAGCAACAUACCACUAACUGGCGACACUCAGGCUGAUGAAGACAUCAUGGCAUUUAUCAAAGCUAGACAAAAUUUGGUCGAAAAAGUAAACCAGGGAAACAGAUGACACCAGUGUGUAGGGGAAGGCAUUAUCUGAAGCUGUUUCAGAAUAGAUAGAUCUGAAGGAAUAUGAAACGUCUAAUGAAACCCUUACAGACCAGUAUAAUCAUCACCAUCCAGCACCUUAUGACAUAAGGUCUAUAGUCAGAGGAGGCAUACACACUACCACUUACCAUCAUUGUUAUCCAGUCUCAAUUCUGAUAGAUGAAUACCCAGGACCCAUUCAACGCCAUAUCUUUGUUAUUAGUUUGGUUAAAUGACUAAUGCUAUAUAUAGACAUCCAAUCAAAUUACACUGUUCUUUCAUGAUUGGAACAAGCAGCAAUAUCACCACUUAUCAACAUGACUUUUGAAUGCUAUUUCAAAUGCAGCCAGAAUGUCUUGUAUCGCUGGAACUUUCUCUUCAAGCAAUGAGUUCAUUUCUUACGGUCUUCUGAUUUGAUUGUUACACAAAUGAGGCCACUAUUUUCACUGUACAUCUAGGCUAUAUUCAAGAGGCAUUUUGAUUAGUAAAUCUGUGAUGGAUGUGGGGAUGUUACGUCUGAAAUGAAGCUGAGAUGGCAAGUGGGUCCAGCGUAUUUGUCAUAAUGAAAUGGAGAUAUUACCAUGGGACAAUACACCAUGGAACUACACCUGGAAAUACUGAUCUUUGAAGUCAAUGUUGUUGCUGUCUGCAGCCAAGUUGUGUUAAGACCUACUAUCUCCCAACACUGAUCCAAACUGUAGAAUUUUGUAACCUGGUAUGAUCAAUGAUCAGCCUGGAACUGGUGUUUGUGUUCCUGUGUUCACAGUAAAAGAAGUAAGAGCUGUGGCUUAUUCGAUUGUAAAUUUUCUACUGUAUGAAUGCAGAGUGAGCUUGCGAAAUCUAUACAUACAUAGCAUUCAGCAUUUUGUAAAACCAUCCAUGUAGGAAAUGGACUGUAACAGUGUUUUAGCAUUUGUGGGAAUUCCUGGUUAGAAUUUGUCCCAACAUAUGCUAGUCAUAAGAGGUGACCAAAUGGAUCGGGUGGUCAGGUUGGUUGAUAAGCAUGUCCUCGUACCCAGAUGGCAUGGAUCAUUGUUCACAAUAUCUAUAAUUGGAUUGACUUGUCCAAGACUCAAUUAUUUACAAACCCCUGUCUUAUAUAGCUCAAAUGUUUCUCAGUGUGGCUUUCAAAAACAAACAAAGCCUAAAGAUGUUUGUUUUCUUCCAUCCUCAAGACAACAUACUGGGAGCGACAUAUUAGACCCGUGAAGAUCUGGGUAGAGAAUAGGUCUUCAGCAACCCAUGCUUGGCUACUAUGCUUAUGUAAGAGGUGACUGAUGAUAUCGGGUGGUUAGGCUUGUUGACUUGGCUGAUGCAUGU